AUUUAUUUUUCUAUUUAUUUAUUUUUAUUUAGUGAAAUGCCAUUUCUUGUCGAAAAAAACCCUAAUAACCCCAAUUUUGGUUUUUUAGGUUUACAUGUUCAAAGUCGUUGGAAACCUGAGCCUUUGAUCAUCACUGAUCACAAUUGAUUAUAGUUUGAAGCUUGUGGGGAUUAAGUAGCAGCAUUUGUUUUCCGGUGUGUCGAGUAUUGGCAGAUAUCUGCCCUUUCAAAUGGUCUCUAGUGUUGAACCUCAACACGUGUCUCUGGGAAAGAAAAGGAAACUUAAGAUCAAAGAUAACACUAACUCCGUUGUGGAGGGUACGGGAAAGAAAAGGAAACUUAAGAUGAAAGAUAACACUAACUCCGUUGUAGAGGGUGAUGGGCCAAAAGAAAUUCAAAUGGCAGAGGAUGCGGGGCAAAUGGUACAGAGUGUUGAAUCGGUGGAUCGUAUCUCAGAGUUGCCUAAUCAUGUCAUCCAUCACAUUCUUUCCUUCCUUCGAAAUGUGAAGGAUGCAAUUCGAACCAGAAGUCUUUCCAAGAGAUGGAGAACGAUGUGGUUUUCGUUUGCGGCGUUGAUGUUUUAUGAACAAAAGUUUGUUGCAGGAAUUGGACCUGAAGAUGGAAGCAAUAAGGAAAAUUUGUUUAGGCAACAUGUAGCUGACUCUCUGCAUACAUACCUUGCAAACAAUGCACAGAUACAUAAAUUUUUGCUGCAUAUGACAUCCUUUGACUUAACGGAUGCUCCACUUGUGGAUAGCUGGCUAACUUCUGCCGUCUCACAGGACAUUAAAGAAAUAGAUCUCCAGGUUGGCUUCAAGGAUAGCAAGCUCUACACUCUACCAGAAGUUGUCCUGUCAUCCGAAACUUUAACCGGACUAAGGUUAAGUGGUUGCAUACUGCAAAGUUUCAGUAAUAUAAUGCUGCCUCGACUGCAGAAACUUUAUCUACGGAAAAUUCACCUUAGUGAGCUAAUUCUUCUAAGUCUGAUCUCACGCUGCCCUUCAAUUGAGGAUUUAAGACUUAUACAGUGCUCAGGUUUGAAAUUCUUGUGUAUUUUGCAUCCUAGUCUCAGUAGGGUUGACAUCCACAACUGCAAUCAACUGAAGAAGGUUGAUAUCAUUGCUCCUAAUCUUGACACAUUUUGGUUCUGUGGCAAGAAAUCAACACCUUGCAAAGUAGGUUUACAGGGAUGCAACGACUCUCUGAAAAAUUUAACAAUAGAGCAUCCACUAGUGAGCCGUGACUUUUGUAAAAAUCAGUUCAGUAGAUUUUCCUUACUUGAAAAAUUGGAUCUAUGUAUUUUUGAUAAGACGAAAUCUUUUACAAUUUUUAACCGAAGUCUUCAGAGAAUUGCUUUAAAAGGAGGCAAGAAAUUGACUUAUGCUCAAAUACAUGCUCCUAAACUUGUUUCAUUUGAGUUGAAGGGUGAAAAUAUGUCGUACUUUGACUUUACUGCCCCUUUGCGCCUCACAGAUGCUAAAAUUUCCCUUGCAUCUAUAACUGAAAGUAAAGAUGUUGAAGUUUUAGACGGUAACAAACUGUGGUUUAAGAUGGUACCGUUUAUAGAGAGGUUCGGUCCUGAAGGAUAUAAAUUGAUUAUGCAUUCCAAUAAGCAUAUUAUUAUUCAUGAAGAUUGGAGCAGCAUAUUAUACCCACCUUUGCGUGACCUGACCUUUGAGAUUAUCAAAUCAUCAGCAUGUGUGGAGGAUAUUUUAUAUGGAAUAUUGCGGACAACGCACCCAGAAUCUGUAUCUAUAAUUUCUUCCUAUGACAGUAAAUUUCAUGAGUCUGUGUAUGAAAUGAUUAAGAUCAAAGAUGAGGAUCCAGUUUGCUGUAGCUAUAACACUUCAACAAAUAAAUGCUGGCGGCAUUUCUUGAAGGGUGUUAAGUUUGAGAGCUGGAAAGAAAUGCUUGAUGUCAUGGGUGCCUCUGAAGAUGAAAGUGCUAAUAGAUUGUAUCUUUGGUUGCAAUCGUCAUAUACUCCGACAUCGCGGCAUCAAAUGACUAAUCUUAGAUUAUCCUGGAAUUCUCAUGAACCUGAUGUGGAGACAUGAAAUCCUUAUUUAGUCAUUGAUUGAAGAAGAUUGUUUCAAGGAAGCCGUGCUCUGGAAUUUCUCCAUCGACAUUAUACCUAUGUUCGUCUGCUUGUAUCUAUCUCCGUUGUUUCCUUCUUUUUGCUGUUACAUCAAAAUGAAGUUUUAGUGAUCAGUGCUAUCUUGGAACAUUUUUAUAUAUUUUGAGCAUGACUCUCCGUCUCUUUUGGAUACCUUUAUAUGUUUUGACCUUGAUGUUUAUAGUGUUUCUUUCGCCAGAUAUAUAUUCUUAAUUAUUUGAUA